AUGGUAGACUGCAAGCCGACAUACACCCCGAUGAUACAGAAUCACGGAUUGCAGAUAGUUGAAGGAGCGAAACUCACGGACAGCGGGAGAUACCAGAGGCUGGUGGGAAAGCUCAUUUACCUUUCUCAUACUAGACCCGACAUAGCAUAUGCUGUGGGAGUAUUAAGUCAGUUCAUGCACUCACCACAAGAAGACCAUUGGGAAGCUGCCCUGCGAAUUGUCCGGUAUUUGAAGGGCACUGCGGAGCAUGGAGUGUUGUUCUCAAAACAUGGGCACUUGGAGAUUAAUGGCUUUACUGAUGCGGAUUGGGCAAGGAACCCAAAUGACCGAAAAUCCAUGGCAGGGUACUUUACAUUGGUAGGAGGAAACCUUGUCACUUGGAGGAGCAAGAAGCAGAAGGUAGUAGCACUUUCAAGUGCAGAAGCAGAGUUCAGUGGAAUCAAGAGUGGCCUCACUGAGAUAUUGUGGCUAAAGAGACUCAUGACAGAACUUGAUCUGUACGUACCAAAACCGUAG